GGGGCAGCGAGUUAGGCUGCGUGCUACAUAAAGCGCUGCUGCGUGAGCCUUUGACGUGUUUGGAGCUAGAGACGGCCUGGGUGCUGUGGUAGUCGCAGUGCAAGGAAGUAGCUUCAGCUUGUGUACCGGGAUCUGAGAAAGUGAUCUCUUCUUCCCACUGGAGAGGCAAGGAGGGCUAAACCCCCUCCACAAUCGUCUUCACUCUCUCUUCAGGUGUUACCUUUGGAGACCCACCUCAGCUUCUUGUUCCCUCUAUUUUCCUUCAAGCACCCCCACCCUCUGCUCCUUCAAAAGGGACACCCCGUUUUUUUCCAUCUCUCAACCAGGCUAAAGCUGCAGCCCCCUCGCGUGACCCAGGUGGAAUGCCUUGAUUUUGUCUUUGAGGCUUCGGUUAGUGACUGGAGCCGUCGGUCCUCGGGGCGGUGGGGACGACCCGAACCCUGCCCCGGGUCUGGCCAGUUGAUGGAGAUGAACGUACUCCUUGAUAUGCCGGCCCCUUCCAGUCAGAAAGCAAAUCAGGCGCUGAGAAGGAAGCAGCUAUUGGGGGAGUAAUACCAAGGAAUAAACUUGAGAACUGCCUGGCUGCAGUAAGAAGAUUAGGAUGCCUAUUGUUACGAAGAGACUUAGAGACCCUGACGUAAAUCCUUGUCUGUCGGAAUCAGAUGCUUCUACCAGAUGUAUGGAUGAAAAUAAUUAUGACAAGGAAAUGUGUACCACUUGUUUCUUGAAGUACAAAAACUGCAGGAAAUUUUGGAAUGCCAUUAUGAUUGAAAGACGACGAAAUGGAGUUCAACCACAUAUGCCCACAGCUGCAGAAAGAGAAAAAAUCUUGGGAGCAAUGGGAAAGAUGCCCUAUUAAAGGCUUAUAAGCAACACUGUUGUUUCUUUGCCUUGAUAUUUUGGAGCAGAAGUUUAAAAAUAUAUUUUAAUUCAUUUUGAUUUUUAUACCAAUAUAUUUUCAAAUAAUUUCUCUUCCUCCUCUCUCUCCCCAUUCUCCCAGCCACUAGUUUCUCCAUAGUGUCUUCUCUUAACUAUUUUUUUUUUCCUUUUUUAACUGACACAAACUCAGUACAAUCUGCAACUUAACAUUACAGAGGUUGUAGAAUUCUGUACCCAGAGUUAGGGGUAAAUACUGUAACUGUUUCUACUUCCUACAAAUAUGUCAGUUUGAAAAUAUAACUAGGUUAAUGUUUCAAGGGAUAAUUCCAUUAUGACUAAUAACAUACUAUAUAAUUAUACACAUACUUAUAAAUGCACUAUCUUGCUUUUACAUGGUGUUUUAUAUUUAUCAUUUUGAUCCUCAAACCCAAAUUGGUAUUAUGAUAAUUAAAUGUUCUGUUUUACAAAUUAGGAAACUUAAAACUGAGAAGUGGAGCUUGUUGGAUAUCAUUUAUGUGAUGAGGAAUUCUAAUCUUGGUUAUUUGAUGUUUAAUCUAUUCUCCCAUGCUGUGAUUGACAAUGAUCUGAAUUGAAAUGAGACCUCAUAGACUGCCUAAUGUAAUUUGAAUCUCAACAAGAAUCAUUUCGACAGGCAUCUUUUUUCCUCUUAUUAAGAAGAUAAUUCAGAUAACAUAUCCAGAGUCUAUAUAGUAUGACAAUUACUAUUAGCUUUCUUGUUUUGAUGCAUUUUUUCAAACGAAAUCACAUUGAACAAAGUUUGAUGCAUCGCCACUCACAUACUGUUUAUAUACUAUUGGCAUUGUAGGCAGGAUGGAAAAGUUAAUGGCUUCCCUCCAAUCUCAUCCCCUUCAGCUAACUUAACUUACCAUUCUUUUUCUACCUUCAAAUAUUCUUGUUAGCCUUAGUUUAAAAAGUUCUUAAAAAAAAGAUCCAGGAGAGAAAAUAAUAUAGGUGGUGAAGUUACAUGCCUGAUAAAUUCCACCCUGCUCUUCUCCCAUUAACUUAUUGGUAGUAAACUGUUUUGAAUCUAGUCUUCCCCUGUUCCUCUUUCUCUUCCUUUCUCUUUCUCUACCCCCUCCCUUCUGCCAUUUUAUAGAUGUGGGAAAUGAGGAUGGCAUAUUAGAAGAUUAAAGACCCUAAGGGUUUGAAAUACUGCUUUAAAAUGUAGUUAACUAGAGACUAGGCAUCAAUCCCUGUAAUGAGGGAAGAGAGGAGGGGAAUAAGCAUUUAUAUUUAUUCACAUACUGUGAACAAAGCACUUUACUACUUAUUUAAUCCACAACAAUGGAUGUAUGUUGCUAUUUCCCAUUUCACAGUAGCCAAAAGUUAAAGUGACUUAACCAGGAUCAUAUCACUAAUAAUUGUCAAAGGGUGCAUUUGAACUUGUCUUGACCCUAGGCCCAACUUCUAUUUGCAUUGUUAUGUAGCUCCUAAAGAAUUAGGUUAUGCUAUAGCUUGAGUCUGUUUUAAAUGUAAAUUAACAGGUGACAGUGUCUCAUACCUUUUAUCCCAUGUACUUUAGACAGGCUCAUAGAUCUAGUGUUUGAAGGAACCUCUUUAAAGGCUAUGUAGUCCAACUACCUCAUGUUACAGAUGGAGAAAUUUGGGCCUAUCUAGAGAGAUUAAGUGAUUUGUCCAAUGUCACCCAGUGCACAUCAGAAAUAGGAUUCAAACCCAGAGCUAUACUUGCACUACACCAAGGCAGUGCUAACAAUAUAGCUCCAUGCUCUUAGCUGUUUCACAAAUGCAGCUCACCACUGAUGAAUAUCUUUUCUUCUCUAUAGGACUAUUUCAAUAAGACUAAGGAGAUAAAGUACUAGUGCCCUGUGAUUUCCACAUCUAUAGGAAAAUUUAUUCAAUCUACAAUCUAGUGAAAGGCUGGCCAAGUUUUAGUUAUGAAUAAUAAGUGGUAAAUAUAAACUAAUUGGAACUACAAAGCCUCCUUUGAUUUAUCCUAUCCAUGUGAAUUCAGCAAAAAUCUUGCCUACCUAGCCUUAUUUUGUACUUCUUUACUGCAUUUAUUGAAUGAGCUAAGUUACAGUUAGCUGGUGUUUCUAGGUUAUGUACUGAACUAAGUUCCACAAGGACAGUGACUGUCUUGAGUGAGUGAAAGGUAACUUCUAGAACCCAGAAUUAAAUUACAGGUUUGCUAUAACAUUUAGAUAGUACUUGAAGAUUUACAAAAGGCUUUUCUCACAAUGAGACUGAGGUAAGAAAUGCAAGUACCAGUUUUUACGGAUGAAGAAACAGCUAUUAAAGCUUUUUUUUUUUUUUUUUUUUU